AUGCAGCUGCUACAGCUGUCACACCUGUAUGCAGCUGCUACAGCUGUCACACCUGUAUACAGCUCCUACAGCUGUCACACCUGUAUACAGCUCCUACAGCUGUCACACCUGUAUACAGCUCCUACAGCUGUCACACCUGUAUACAGCUGCCCCUCUGGGAUCUUCUCUGUCUCCAGUUUCAUGAGUGCUUUAAAAGAAGGUCGGGAGUCAGAGGGUUUGGAGGGGGGGCAGAGGUCGGAGGGUAUGGAGGGGGGCAGGGGCAGAGGUCAGAGGGUAUGGAGGGGGGGGCAGAGGGCUUGGGAGGGGGGGCAGAGGUCAGAGGGUAUGGAGGGGGGGCAGAGGGUUUGGGAUGGGGGGGGGCAGAGGGUUUGGGAGGGGGGGCAGAGGUCAGAGGGUAUGGAGGGGGGCAGAGGGUUUGGAGGGGGGGGCAGAGGUUUGGAGGGGGGGGGUUUGGAGGGGGGGCAGAGGGUUGGGGGGGGUAAGGGUUAG